AUGACUUGGUUCUCCUGGUCUCUGAGUCUGCUACAUCCACAGCCAAAACUGAGUGGACUCAUCUACUUUGUAUGACAUUCCUUCCCCAAGUGUUCGAAAACGUGUUUCGGGUCCGAAUGGACUAUGUCCAGCAGCAUUUUCGGCCCUUACUGCGAAUGCGUAGAGGGUGUUAGGUGAGAGGUUGUCAACAAUAACGGUGGUGGCAUUCGAUGGAGCCGGAAUCACGAACCGAGAGUCGUCAUCAACUGUUCGAACUACAACUGA